AUGCAUAACUAUGAAAUAGGAAUUCCGAUUAUUAUUGAAGCAUUUAUAGGAUUUGCUUCUUCUUUAUUCUUCAUAUUAGACAUUUCGAUUCAUUAUAAAAUGAAACUAUAUCAAUUGGAGUUGGGGAUAUUAUAUACAAAUUUGAUGUAAUCUAUAAGUAAAUAAACAAUAAUGGUUUUAAGUUACAAUACUAUUAAUUAUUGACUUUAACAAUUAAAUGUGCAUUUGGACAUUGUUUUUGGAAUAAUGUUUGACUCUUUCAAGUUUUCUUUGGACCAUCUUGAUUUUAUAAAAAAGUUGUUUAUUGACUAGAUACCCAAUUUAAAUAGCUUUAGAAUAUCUAAAGACUAAUUAAUUUACAGUAUUAAUUAUUAAAUCCAGCUCUAAGCUAUAAUUGCAUUUGGAUUGCCAAUAAUUGCUUCAUCAUUAAUUUUUGUAAAAUUAAAUAUUUGUCAACUUGAUAUUCUCACAUAAGUUUCAACAAAAUUAUUUUGGGCAAUAUAAUCGAUUUUAACUAUAAUAUUUAUUGGAAUAAUAACUUAUCAUAUAAUUAGAGUUCAUUUGAAUUGCAAACUAGUAAAGAAUAUAGAAUAUAUAUUAAAGGCCAAAUUAUACAUAGAAAUAUUAUACUGCCCAAUAAUUCUAAUAUUUUCAUUACCAUGGAUUGUGUACACAAUUUUUAAUUUUGAACUUGAUGAUUCUGAAGAUGUGAAAAUACUUCAAGGUAAUUUUGAAAAUCUAAAAUAAAGGUUUAUUUCUUUUGAAAAAUUCAUAAAUAAUUUUAAGUACUUUUCUUUUUGGAUAAAAUUCAGCAUUUUAAGUGGCUUUUCUUGAAAAUGCAUGCCCAAUAUUAAGAAAAACUUAUUUAGCAAAAUAUGAUUUUGAAAAGAAGUAUCAUAUUCAAUAAUAAAUUUAGAAAUAAAAAUUCAUAAAUUGUAAAUAUUGAAAUUUGUAAUAAUUUAUGUACAUAAUUAUUAAUAAAAUGAUUAUAAAAUUAUAAUUUAUUAAAUAAAAUAAUUAAUGGAGUUUAUUCAAAGCUUAUUAUCAUUAUUUGGUAAUAUUGCCAUUGUUGCAUUAAUGUUGACUAUUGGAAUCUUGGGAUUACUCUACAUACAACAAAACUCAUUAAUCUAUUUACCAGGUUUGAUAUCUUACUAAUUUAACAAGCAUUUUAAGGAUUACCCCAAAGUCCUAGUUAAAAUAUGAAUGGCCUCAGGAAUCCAUCAGAGAGAAAUUUAUAAUAUGAAGAUGUAGAAAUAGGAACACUUGAUAGAUAAAAAUUAAAAGGAUGGCUCAUUAAAUAGAAUGACAGUAUUAAUGUACCUACUGUAAUUUUUUUACAUGAAAAUGCUGGAAGUAUUUUUAAAACAUAAUAUUCUUUUCAGAUAUUGGAACUAGAUUAUAAUUUUUAGAAUUAUAUUUUUCCAAUGUGAAAUGCAAUAUAUUAAUUAUUGCAUAUAGAGGAUAUUCAGAUAGUACAGGAAAGCCUUCAGAAUAAGGUCUUUAAUUAGAUGGAGAAUCUAUAGUUAAUUAUUUAUUUCAUAGAAAUGAUAUUGAUUCAUCAAAAAUAUUUGUACAUGGAAAGUCAUUAGGUGGAGCAGUAGCAAUUCAUGCAAUGACUUAAAAUAUUGCAAAAGGCAUUCGAGGUGUAAUAUUAGAAAAUACUUUUACAUCAAUAGAUGAUAUGGUUGAUGUUAUAUUUCCUAAAUUGAAGUUUUUUAAAUCUAUUCUUCUUAAAAAUCAUUGGUUGUCAAUUUAAAAAAUUGGUCAGAUUACAUAACCAAUAUUAUUCAUUUAUUGUAAUUUAUUAUAAUUAUUUAAUUUUAGCAAUGAGAGAUGAAAUUGUACCAGUCUAACAUAUGGCUUAAUUACAAAAUGCUGCUUAAAGAGCUAAAUUUAUUGAAAAGGUAUUUCAUUUUAAAAUAUAACAGUUUGUCAUUGAGGAUGGUGAUCAUAAUACUAAUUGGUCUAGAGAGCCAGAAAAGUACUUUAAUUCAAUUUCAAGUUUCAUCAAUAAAGCAAUUACAUCAUGA